AUGCGAUGCGCGAGCAAGGCCGCCGAGAGCGCGUCCGCACGUCUCUGUGCGGACGCCGAAGCAGAAACCACAGCAACUGAUGUGUCAUCGGUUGCUGAAGCAAUCCAGUCUGUGUCACUUGGUGAUGCAGGAGCUGGUCAUGAAGACACUCAUGUCUUCACAGAGCAUGAGCUCGGUGUCUCGUACUCUCCUGAUACGGAAGACGGAUCCGUAUCGACGGCGAUUGAAUCCAAGCCGCCUGCCAAGCGUGGCAUGGAUGAUGCUUUGCGUCGUAGCAUCUUUGGUUCAUCUGAUUCAUCAGAUGAACCAUCGCCGAUGCGUAGGCGCUCGAAGUCGCGAGACUCGGGCGCUAACAGUGGUGUCGGAUCUCCUAUGGACACCACUUCGCAACGAGGUGCCAGUACUUCUGUCGGCACAUCGCAGGAAGAGCGGGACCGCAAUUUGUUGCGUCUCGCUCCUGAGAAGAAGGCAUGGAUGCCUCCUAAAUCAGUCAUGGAUCACUUGUCGGCGACGACGAGUGAUCGUUAUCGAACACGAUUGUUCGAUUCGUCAAGGAUCCAUCACCUUGACCCCAGCGCGAAAAACUAUCGCGCUGAACAUGAAUUCUUCAUCGAUGCUUUCUUUAAACAUCGAUGGUACAGUGUGAAUCACAAACGUGAUGGUCCCUCACUGCUUCUGGCGUGGAACGCCUACAUCCAUAACCUUGAGGAUGUAGGUCGUGGCGUUUGGAACGACAAACUUAUCAAAGCUCGUGAUAAGUUUAAAAAGCGAUCCCCGACAGGUGCACGCUACAAGCUGCAUCGUCUGUCAAGGGAGAAAGGAUUACCCUGCCUCUCUUGGGGAGACCCGUGCCCUUGUUUUGUGAACAACUCUGCGCGAGCACCUAAGGAGGCUUACCUCCUUACCAGCCCGUGGUGGCGCACUUUCUACGGCUGUCCUUCUGCAGCACAGGAUGUGCCGCGUCGUACUGCUCAACCAGACCCAGUACGUCGAUCAUCAGUUGGGAGCGGGGCUCCCAAGAAUCCCAGGACGGGGGAUAGCCGCGCCACCGGACGAGAUAACCUGUCCGACGUCCGUUCACGUCGCGGUGGUUCAACAGCUGCUCAACUAGAUAGCGCUGGCCACCGCGAGAGUCCUCUAAUGGAGGUGGAGGAGGAGGAAAGACGCUCUCCACACGAUCAUGUGGAUCGGUGUGUUCCCGAGAGCUUCUUUGAUCGCGUAACGCAAGGGUUACGCGACGAUCUCGAACAUGAGCGGAAUAGGCGUCUCCAAAUGGCGGACACUGCCUCGAAGCAUCGAGCUGAGUUUUCCUUUGCUCAGCUUGAGAACGAGAGAUCUCUGACAUCUCUUCGUGACGAGCUAAGGGUAGCUCGUGUGGAUAUUGACCGGUCUCGGGAUGAGAUAAAUGCUCUUCAGACCCUUGUCGAUAUCCACCAUCGGGAGCACAAGGCCCUCUGCGAGAUGCUUGAGCGCAAGGGCGUUCUUCAUCGGAAGACGCAGCGUACUGAUGGUACGGCUUAA